GUUUCAAUAUUAAAAUUAGAUGGAAAAAAUACACACAUGGCUCAAGCCAUGGCCGGAAAACCUUUGAUAAUUCGCUGGGAUUGUGACAAAAUAAUCCGAUUUUCCGACAAACCCACGAGCUUCGCUGACGAUUUUCUCGGUUUCUUGGAAGAGCAAGAUGAGACACCCGAGAAUUGUAUUGACUCUAUUGAUUAUAUUGAGGAUGAUAAUUCUUCUAGUGUUGAAGAAAACAGAAAAUUUUGGGAAACACAAAAUCAACUUCUUCAGGCAACAUUGUAUAGAACUGCUUCCCUGGAAACGACAAUUCGUCAAGCUACAAAAGCCGCAGUAAAGGAGAUUAAACUGGUAGGCCUGCAUUGCAGAUGUCAAAAGGCGGCAGCCGGAGAGUGCCGGAAUUGCUUGCAGAGAGAGAUAUCAUUACGGCUUCAAGCAGAAGGUUAUAAUUCUGCCAUUUGCAGGUCCAAAUGGAAGAGCUCCCAAGAAAUCCCAUCAGGGGAACACACUUACCUGGAAGUGAUGGAGAAAUUAAGCUCCAAGAAAGGGGAAGUGAGAGUGAUAAUAGAAUUGAACUUUCGAGGAGAAUUCGAGAUGGCAAGAGCAAGUGAAGAGUAUAACCAAUUAAUUAAUCGGCUGCCAGAAAUAUUUGUGGGAAAAGAAGAGAGGCUAAAAGCUUUGAUAAAAAUAUUAUGUUCAGCAGGAAAAAAGUGCAUGAAGGAGAAGAAGAUGCACUUAGGUCCAUGGAGGAAGCAUAAGUAUAUGCAGUCCAAGUGGCUAGGUACUUGUGAGAGAACAACAGUGCUUGCUCCAUUGCCGGUGGGAUUUUCUGACCGGCCUGCCAAGCCUAAAGCCUCCAUGUUAACUUAUGAUUUGCUAGAGACUUUGCCUGUCUUGCAACGUACUGCAGUUAAAGUUUUGUGAUGCUCAAGAGAAAAAAAAAUAUAUAUAUAAUAAAAAAAAAUAAAAAUGUUUUGUUUUGUCUA